CCCGGCUUUUGUUCCGCCGCUUGUUGGAGCCUGAGCCGAGCAUUCGGUGCCCUGGACAGGAGACGUUCAAACUCCACAAGCGUCGUUAACAUCCCGUCCCAUCCCCCGGCCCCCGGCCCCCGGCCCGGCCCGCACCGACGAUGCGGCCCAUCGCGCAAACAGCGCCGCGGGCUUCCUCGGCCGCCACGGGCAGCACAUUACUCCGGCCGCUGUGUGUCCGUUGAAUCGGAAGGCAAUAAGACAGUUCUUGAAAAGCUGAGAACAUGGAUGAAAAAAGAGCAGUUUCAGUGGACUUCGUCAAGGAUUUCCAGGAAUAUCUCACUCAACAAACCCAUCAUGUGAACAUGAUAUCUGGCUCCGUGGCUGCAGAGAAGGAAUCAGAUUCCUUUCAGGCUGUGGGGUCUGAAAGUGAUCAGAAUGGAAUACGUCAUGCUUCAGUUGAAGUUUCACUGGAUGAUGGCUCAGGACUCGUCAAUGAUGGGGUGCAAAGGACAUAUGAUGGAAAAUUUAGGUGCCAUUACUGCAACUAUGCUAGCAAAGGGACUGCACGACUGACUGAACACAUCAGAAUGCACACAGGUGAGAAGCCCCACAGAUGUCACCUUUGCCCGUUUGCUUCAGCGUAUGAGCGUCACCUCGAAGCACACAUGCGCUCACACACAGGUGAAAAACCAUAUAAGUGUGACCUAUGCUCUUUCUGCUGCAGUGAUCGAAGUAAUUUGUCCCAUCACCGUAGACGUAGGCACAAACUUCUUCCCAUGAGAAAUGUGAGGACUUGUCUGACCAAUAACGAAAUGUUUGGAGAUUUACAGAGAAAAAUUGGCAACUCCCCGAAUUAUGGAACAAGACUUCUGAUUAAUCUAAGUCCUCCUUCCAUGGUGGUACAGAAGCCAGAUUACCUCAGUGACUUUUCUCAUAUAUCAGUUAACUCCUGUGAGAGUUUUCAAAAACUACACUCUGGUGGGAUCUCGAGGGGCUCUCAAGAUAUUAUGAUGGAUAAUCCAUUAAAUCAGCUUUCUACCUUAGCAGGCCAAUUAUCCAGCCUUCCACCUGAAAAUCAAGCUCCAACAUCUCCUGAGGAUGUAACCUGCAGAGAUGAAAAACCAUAUGUGAUCUCACAGUCUACAGCGCAAGUCGUUUCCACGGUAGUUUCCAGUGUGGUCCAAAGCUCAUCCCCUAUCAGUCCAGAUGCAUGUCCCGCUCACAACCAGCAGACCUUCAGUCCUGUGGCAGGCCCCAGUAGUGAUCACAGUGUUCACACAAGUACUCCCAGCAUGACGAACAGCCAGCCUAGCACCCCUGCUCCUCCAAUUCAAGUUCAGGAUCCUCAGCUUCUUCAUCAUUGUCAACACUGUGACAUGUAUUUUGCAGACAAUAUCCUUUAUACUAUUCACAUGGGGUGCCAUGGCUAUAAGAAUCCAUUUCAGUGUAAUAUAUGUGGAUGCAAAUGUAAAAACAAAUAUGAUUUUGCUUGUCAUUUUGCUCGGGGUCAACACAAACAAAAUUAAUACUUUAAAUGCUGGUAUUCAAUUUAAGAACAUAUUAACGAAUGUUGGUUCAUAUUGAAAAUAUUAAAUGUAUAACGAGGGUUUCAUUUGUCUCAUUUUUUCCCCUUUGUCCACCCUUUUAUAUAUUUUCUUCAGAGUCUUUAGUAUUGGGCAUAAACGUUCAGACUACUUCAAAGUCUAUUGGUAAAGCAACAUUUGAUAUUACUUCACAGUACUAAGAAAUUGUAAAUUUUAGCAAUAGAAUCAUUAUCGCCUCUAAACCUUAUCACAGUGAUCUUACUGUGGAUAAUACGUUGCCUAUAUUGUGCAAGUGCAUAAUGUACUUGCAACUGGUUAUGUGUUGUAUCCAACUGAGAGGGGAGAGAAAAUUUGAGUGUGCAAGUAACUGAUUCCCCUCUAGUUUCUCAGUCCCAUUGUAGGUUAAAAUGACUGUUAACUAUGUAGUUUUAAUGAUCUUUCAUAUCUUAAUUUUCUAUUUGCAUUAAAAAUGCUGAGAUUAAAAUAAGAUGCUUUUAAAGUUUUUGGUUUGAAGUGGAUAGCAACAGCCAUAGCUGAAAUAAAUGAAUUCUUUCAAAUACACCAUAAAAUAGCUUCCUAAAAAUCUAGCUUGUAUUGAAAUAUUAUUAUUCAAUAAUUGUAGCAUCUUAUUCCAAAAUGUACUUCUUAAUUCUGGCAUGUGUGCAUGCCAAUUAAGGUCUGUAUAAUCAUUUCUACACCAAUCUAUAAAAUCAAGCUUCUAAUAAUUCUGCACAGGUACAAAUAAGUUAAAAUGUUUUUAUUCCAAAAUUGCUACGUCUACCAAUAUUACGUUUUGCCCAAUUGUUUGCAUUUUGAAGCGUGUCAGUGGAUGACUGGCUUGCAGCAAAACUGUUCAAGCUGUUGCUUGUCUUAGGACUAUCUUUAUAUUCAUUUAAUGCUGACACAUGUUUCAAUGCAAUGCAUUGAUCAAUAACCAUGAUUAAAUCAAUACAAACCCAAUAUAUGCAAUACUUAUGGAAUGGGUAUGUUGAUAGUUACGAAUAAUAAGUUCAUUGGAGUUUCAUGAGGUAGAACUUUUCAAUUAGUUUUUAUAGUUUUCAUUGUUUCUAUUUUUAUAAUAAAUCUGCUGGUCAUACAGAUAAAUUCCCUAUCCCGGCCAACACUUAAGUUUCCAAACAUUACACACACAAUGGUUAGGCUACUUAGCUCCAACACUUUCUUUCGGGGGGGGGGGGGCAUUUCUUGGACACCUGCAUUGGCUCCUUCCUAAAACAUUGCAUCCUUUGCAGUCAUGGUGAUAUUUAUUUCUCUCUCUCAGCAUUCUUAAUGUAUUUUUUACUCUGUACUGGUCCUAUUAUUAACUAUUGCUAUUUUCCCAUCCCUUCCAUAUAUUCUUUACAACUUUGGGAACAGCAAUUUCCUAUAUGUUCUUCCACACCAUCUCUCAUUAAUGCAACAGAAAGUUGCAGAUACUCUGAGAAACCAGCAUAAAUUGUUCUUGCACAACUUUACAGUUCUUGUACCAAAAUUAGAAUGGACGAGGGAGACCCUGUCAUUAAGUUGUACUGAAUUUUGAAAUGUCUUUUAGGGUUUGAGUAGAUUUUUUUCUCUGGAAUGCACUUAAAUAAUUUCUCUCCCCAUUGCACAAUUUGGUUAUUAGAUUUAGUUAGUGAACUAUAUUGGAUAAACGUGGUUUAAAAUAUCCAAUUUAAAGAAGCAAUUAGAUUGCUGGUUGCUCUAUUUCAAGGAUAAUAGCUUUCUCAAAUGAAUAUGAUGGGAAAUAUAACAUACAGUAUACUUUAACAUUAGAUUUAUAAUCCUAUGAAUUGUUAUUUGGAACGUUCAAAGCACUUUUUAAUAUUUGACCACAGCUGACAGUAGAUGCAGUCAUAGAUCACUUACUGUCGGUUGAUUCGUGUUCUAGUAACUGAGAGUAUUGUCAAAUCCACAAAAAUAAGACUCUGCUAAUCAACAGCUGGGUAAGGUCAGCUCCUGGAGCAAAAUAAACAUAGAACUUUGUCCUUCCUAUUUGCACUUCUGAGGUCUGUGGCUGCUUGUGCUCUGGUUGUACAGGGGAUCUAUUUUCACGUCUAGCAAAAAUGCUUCUGCAGUUAAUUAGCAACUUCUACAAAAACAAUUUGUUUAAAAGCACUAGUGUCAAUUGUAACACCCUAGGAACUGUGUUUUAUCAUAAUUCAACUAGUGAACAUCACUUAAAAAGGGAAAUGAUCUCCUUUGCAAGCCACACAUUAUUUAUAUGGUAAUUGUACUGUUAAUAUUAAGUUAUAGGCUGACCUUUUAACUUUCUCCAUCGAGGAGACAUGCUACCAAAGCAAUCUAAAUAGUUACACACCUUUUGUGCCUUCAGGCUGAAAGUGAUCUCACAUAAUAAGUUUCUUAUUUUAAAAUAGCACGACUAAAUACAUUUGGUUAGUAUUUAGCACAAAAUGGUAACCGCCAUAAAACAUUAGGGUUUUCUUCCGCCUUUGCAAUGUAUAAACCAUGUAUAAACUUGAUAUGGGUAUGUCUAUUUGCCUGUUGUCUUUUUGUAUUUGUUCCACAUUGUUAUUGACAAAUGAAUGAUUGGUAAUAAUGGUCAUUGGUAAAUAAUGGGUUUCACCGUCAUUAAAUUCAUUAUUUCUGAUGUGUAUAUAGGUUAUUAGUAUGAAAUGUUAACAAGCAUUAACUUUAGUCUUACGUUUUAAAGAAUUGAGAACCAGAGGUGCCUAUUGAAUACAUUGUAAAUAAAAGAAUGUUAUAGUUGUUUUCUGGCUUCCAAUAUACACACUGUUAAUCAGAUGAUCUCAUUUUUGGAACUAUUGUUUAAGAAAUAUAUAUUUUACUGUAAUAUACAUAAUUGGUUUCAAUAUAAAUACACAAUUGCUGAGUUUAGUUGUUUAACAUUUGUGAUUUUGAUGGAAUAUUGGAUUUAUUAAAACUGUAAUUGGCAUCAGAGAGUAAUUAAAAAUAUCAAUUAGACCCAUUUACAAUCAUUCACCUGCAUCACAACACAGAGAACUAAAUCACACAUGAUGUUUAGAGCAAAUCUUGUCUUAGUAUUUGUGUUCUAAGUGUGUUUUAGUGCUGGAGCUGAAUUCCCGUGGACAUGAUAUAUGUCCUGUAGGAAUUAAAUUCAAUAAUACUAUCGAAGAACAAUAGGAAGUUCUCUAGUAGUGUUAACUGUAAUACCAAUGACAUUGAAAAGUACUUAUAACUGGUCUUUCAUUGGUAUUUCUGAGCCAUUUCUCAUGUGGAAUAUAUCUUGCUGCCAAGUCAUGUUACUGGAUUGCAUGAGGACAGUUUGAAAGGCAGACAUUAAAUUUGCUGUCUUAAUACUAAUCCUUUAACUAUGUUCCAAUAGUUAAUUGUGUUUGCUGCUAAGUCUAAUAUUGGGCUGAGUACAUAGUGUUACUAUUGUUGGUAGGUUCAAAAAUCAGAGCAUUAAGAAUGAAAUUGACAAAAGAAAAAUCAAAACUGACAUGAAAAAAGUUUAUUUGUAGUGUAUGGUUAGAAUCUGUAAUAGACUGGUAGUAAUAGUGGAUGCAGAAACAAUUAUGGCAUCGGAAAGGGGACUAAAUAAAUACUUAAAAUAAAUAUAAUUUGCAGGAUUUUGGGGAGAGGGCAAAGGAAUAGGAGUAGAUGCAUAAUUCCUGAAUAGAAAUGGACUGGUUUUAAGUGGCCAAAUAGAUUCAAGUGUAAAUUUGUUCCACAAUGAUAGCUUGACAGUUAUGGUGACUUGACUAUUUUCUCCCCAAAGCUUGAGAGUAGUUAGACUAAUUUUAAUGCCAUUGUUUCAUGCUGGUUGAAAUCACAUAAACAACAGAUUGCGUUCUAAAACACUUUUAAAUGAAGCUAAGUGUUCUGUGGAAUUUCAAAAUAACAUUGUAAUAUAUUGUAAGAUAUCAUUCAAGAGUCAAAGAAUAGGAUUUAUGAAAGAGAUGGGUUAUAAAAACUGUUUGACAGGGGAGAUAGUGAAGCUAAGAAAUGUAAUAGUUAAGGUAGUUUGAUAGUUGAAGGCAAGGCCACCAAUGAAGCUUUGAAGAACAUUUAGGAUACACAUAAGGUUUGAAGGGGAGAAACAUAAUUCCUUAAGUGCUUUGGGGGACAACGGGAGUUUAUAAAGAUUGAGAAGAACAAAAUGGAUAUGAAUUUUUACUUAAUGCCUUACCACUUUUAAGAUUCCAAACAGAUUAGUGAGUAGAGAAAUGCUGGGUGAACAGGAUUUUGUGCAAGUCAGGAUAUGGGGAUCGGGUCAUUUGGAUCAGCUGAAUGGAAUUUUAUUGAAGGUAUAAAUCAACAAAGGCCCUGGGAUCAAAGCUAAAAUCCUCCAAGAUUUCCUGCCACAAUUAACUGAUUAGAUUAGCAAAAUGAAGCAGCUAGCUACAUUAUAAUUAAGACUACUCAUUUUCAGUCUUUGGAAAAACAAGGAAGAUGCAUUAACAAAUCUAAUUAUCAAGUGAAAUUUAAGUUAACCCUAAUGGAAAUUAGGCUAAAUUACAUAUUAUAAUUGUGUAAUACAAUCUCCAAAAUGUCAGCAAACUUUCUGGUAUCUCUUGCAGUGAAAUGCAUUUUACUUAUCGAAUGGAAUUUGAUGAGAAAAUGGUAGAUCAGUAAGAACACUCCAGUCUAUCAGUCUAACAUGGUAUAGUGGACUGUAUUGUUACAUUUGGUAUAAUGACUGUAUUUUAGUCCUCAGUUAUGAGAAAAUCAUCAGGAGUUCAAUUAGAAGCAGAAUCACGUUAGUAAUUAUCGCCAGAUUCUUCAACGUCAUUCGCUUGUGUUUCUCGUCAAGUCCAGUAUUCCAUCAUUAAUUUAUUAUUUGUAAUUAUAUAAAUGUCUAUUAAUGUGCUGAUAGACAUCACUGAGCACUUUAAAUAGAACUUGAGGAAUUUGAAAAAAGAGUGGUUAUAAUUUUGGCUUGAUUAUUCCAAGUCUUUUUGAAUGAUGAUGUUUUGCCACAUUGUUUUAUAUUCCAGAUAUUAUUUGGUUCAUUUGUAUACCAUAUAAUGGAAGUUUUGUUACAUUUGGUAAUUAAUGUAAAAUGUGAGUCGUUUGUUUGAAUUGUGUUCGUCUUUUCAGCAUUGCUGUUUAUAUAUUGAAACGUGCAUUAACAAGUGCAUAUAAAUUUAAUUUACAAUUUAAGUGUAAAAAUGUGAAUAAACUGUUGUGAUUAAAUUGCUAUUUAAGAAACUUGCUAACAUUGGUACGUGUGCUUGAUUGAAAAACUGGUAAGUGUUUAAACUAGCUUAAAGGUUUAUAUUUUAAUUAAAAUGUAUCAGAUGUAUAAAAGUCAUUCCUUUUUAUCAUUUCAUGUGAAAUUAUCUAACUCAAUGCCCAUGCACAUUGUUACAACAGAAUACACUGUUCGGUGGCAUCAGCAGUUCAAAUAUUAUUCCUGUUUUUGAAAUCGUGUAAAAUAAAAAACUAACCAAA